AUGACAGUCGCUGUAACCCCGGUCGAUCCUGACAUCUCGCUGAUCCUCCAGCAAAACCUUCCCCUUAUCCACUUUCAAGACAUACUCCGACUCAAUUACAAUGCCUAUGUGCCUGGUCGCUUCCAAAAAGUCUACACUGGCCGUUGGAACGACCAAGAUAUAGAGCUAAGGCAACCCUUCGGAGAUAACGCCUCAAUUGAAAAGGAAGUGCGCCUUCUUCACAAACUGCGACACUGCCCCCAAGUUGCACAUCUAUAUGGAUAUACAAUUGAGCCCACCACCUCUAUUCCUUAUCUUGUGUUCCAACAUAACGAACAUGGUACCCUUCAUUCAUACCUCAUCAAUUUCCAUCCACACCUCACCUGGUCUGAUCGAUAUAACCUCGCCCUGGACAUCUCUCUUGGCCUUCGCUAUCUUCACCACAAAGGUUGUAAGCAUCGCCAUCUGCAUUCUGCAAGCAUCCUUAUCGACACCAAUGGCUCGGCAGUUCUCUCUGAUUUUGGAAAUAGCAGAGAUUCUGAGGUGAUGUCCUCACGUGAACAUCCCUAUAGGAUGGCAUACUUGGCACCUGAGAGACUAUCCAAGAAUGGAUCACGGUAUUCGGCCGAAUGUGACAUUUACUCUCUAGGCAUGGUCCUCUGGGAGAUCUCGAGCGGUCGUCCUCCAUUUGAGGAUCUUUGCACUUCUGAAAACAUUCAAAGCGGUGCUAUGACAUCAUUGGCACAAAAUAUCCUCGUUGGUCGCAGAGAACGUUCAGUUCCAGGUACGGAUCCCAUCUACGAAGAAAUUUACACCCGGUGCUGGCACCCAAAUCCUCAGGAGCGCCCGACGAUUGACUGGGUGAUUCAGACACUUGGCGCGCUCUUGAAACAACCAUCAAGCGCACUUCUCCGGCAGAUGGAAGAACUUGGGAUUGUUGGUAAGUAUUUAGAUAUAUGGACUUGUAUGCUUAAGCUAUUCAUUGCUUCUCAUUUUACUCACUCUAUUUUUUUUUCCUUCCAAAGAUGA